GGGCUCACAUGAACGCAGUCGUGUCUAGACGUUUUUCGUGUACGCACCGAGAACAUAAAUAUUAAAUAGUAUAAUAAUAUUACAUAGUCGAAUGCCGUAUACUUCUGGMUAUAUAUUAUUAUCAUAUCGUAAUAAAUAAUAAAAAUAUUUUUGAACACUGUGUGGAAAUAAAAUGUCUUUCAAAACGACAGUCGCCGUUUUAGCGGUAGUCGUGAUGUGCAGCAACGCUGUCAAUGGAGUUCUGAAACAGAGACAAGCGUACUCCGGCUAUUCCAACGGAUACACUCAGAACCACAAAGACGAGAGUCACCAAGAUCUGAGCAAAGUUCCGGGCACACCGGGAGUAGACUAUCCAAUUUACCACGCUGUGCCGGAGACGAGUUUCAAUUGCAAAAACGUACCAUAUGCACCGGGCAUGUACGCCAACGUGGAGACCGGAUGUCAGGCUUACCAUAUCUGUCAUGACGGUCGCGAAGGUCAUCAGGGAGCAUCUUUCUUGUGCUCCAAUGGCACUCUGUUCAAUCAAAAGGAAUUUACAUGCGAUUGGUGGUACAACGUGGACUGUAGCAAGGCGACAUAUUAUUACGAACUUAAUACAGAUAUAACAAAAAAUCCAUUUGCUCCAAAACCAAAAGCCCCCGAGGAACCUUACAAGCAACCAUACGACAAUUAUUACCAGAGCCCAAAGUAUUAUCUGUAAAUGCAUUUGUUAUAUAUACAUAUAUAUUUUUUUUAAUGUAAAUAAUGUGUAAAUUGUUUAUACAUACUUAUAAAUUUUACAAUAAUAAAAAAUACAUUAAUUCUAAUUAUAUUGAUAUACGAGCAACUAGUGUUAUGGUUCCCAUCAUCAUAAGUCAAUGGUAUUAAAAAUUACUAAACAUUUUACACUUAAAUUAUUUUUAUUGUACCAUACUUAUAUAUUAUAUUUUUAAAUUAUAAUAUUAAAUUCAGUAGCACAAAUAGUGCAACAUCAGUUACCUUAUUCAAAAACAAUGUAGCAAUGUAGUUAACCUAAACAUAUUGACCAUAUUAUUAUUCUAUUUUAAUAUUGAUACUAAUGGUACCUAUGAUUUAAUUAUUAAUUAUUAUCAAUAUUAAAUUUAAAAUGAUAUAAACACAUCAAUACAUCAUUAUUUUCCUGCGUUUUUAUGUUAGAUGAAUAACUUUAAUUCACUUUUGUGUAUAUUAAGCCAUUAGAUGCAUACUUG